AUGAAGGUCUGCAACAUGAGGAGUGCUACUUCGUUACGGUCCGCGGCCCAACCGGUGGAGGACAUCAACUUCAGGCGCGGUGAGAGCUAUCCAUCCAUCCAGGAGGCAACAACCUCGACGACCGAGGCUGCCUCAGUCACGUCAUCCACCCAGGAGGCAACAGACGAGCUGUACGUGAGUGAGGCGGGACAGGAGGCGGACGACGGCGCCGGCUGCGCCGCCUCUCUUGACCCCGACAUCCUCUGCUCCAUCUGCCUCGACUUCCUGUUCGAGCCUCUCACGCUGAAGUGCCGCCACAGCUUCUGCCGCCUCUGCCUACUCCAGGCCUCGCGGCUCGCGCCCGAUGGCGGCGCCUGUCCGCAGUGCCGCGCGGAAAUUAGCUUCGACCCAAAGACACACGCCCUCGACCAAGGGCUUGCCGCAAAGAUCGAGGAGGCAGUACCUCCGGAUGAGCUGGAGGCGCGGCGAGCCCACACCACCGCCACGCUGGAGAAGAUGGCGGCGGCGAACAGCGGGCCCUAUCCACUCUUUGUCAUGCGAGGAUCCGAACGCUUUGCACCGGGGGCAACAGUCUCGCUCCACUUUUUCGAGCCGCGCUACCGGCUUCUGGCGCGGCGCGCCUGGGAGGGAGACCGCAGGCUUCCGCCUAGAUGCCGUAGUCGACCUGGCAGUCGCACUCACGCGUCCGAGCCGACCGCGCCGGGCGAGGCCGGGCUCCAGCCGCAGGCGGCGCUGCUGGCGGACGUGAGGGGGCGCGGCGAGGCGCUGGUGCGGCUGGGCCGCUCCUACGUCGAGGCCGGGUCGGGCGGGCUUUGGCUCGCGACGGGCACCGCCCAGCGGCUGAGGGACGCGAUCGCUCGCGGCGCGCCGGCGUACAAUCGCGGGCAAGCGAGGCGGUGCGCCGACAUCUACUUACGUGCGGCGCGGGAGGAGCUGCGCGUGAGCGGCGCAGCGAGCUGCGCGCGGCUGGUUCGCGACUCGCUGCAGGCGGAGGAGGCGGACGGUGGACAUGCGAGGGAGCGAAAGGAGAAGGCGGCGGCGUGGGCUUUGCGCCAUGCCUUUGACCAUGUGCUCACGUGGAUCGCGUACGACAGCAUGCCCAGCGGUUGCACGGGGUGCAGCGUCUGCUGAGGGGUUCGAUGCGUCAAGGUAAUGGAAGAGAGAGCGCGCGGGGCGGCGAGUCGCCGCGCAGCGAUCGGUCGCCGAACACACUGACUCGCUCCUUCCACGCGGACACAGUGAUCGUUUCCGUGCGGGCGCAAUGUACACAAUCAUUCCAUUUUUAACACCUCUCUCUGGCUC